AAUGCCAUCAACAUGUCUCUUCAAUAUUUCCAUUUUCAGAUCCGUUUACGAGAUAUGCUCUUUGUGUCAUUUUAAUAAAGUAUAAUAUAUCAUAUAAAAAACCUGAACCAGGCUUUCAAAUGCUUUGUCAUAUGGAGAGCUAUUACUGCUGCUAUUGCAUGCUUUGCCUCGCUUUCACUGUGUAUGACACCGACAGCAGCCAGAUGCGUGGUUAUCUGGGAGGUUGUACCUUGUACAGCAUGUUGUCACGUGGGGUCACAUUGUUUAUUGAUAUAAACAUCGACAUCGGAGUACCUAGUUACUUGGGUCAGGGGAUUAUAACACAGCCAUCAACAAAGGCUCUCCACAUCAAGCGACAUGGCGGAGAAACCCGAGGUCCACGAUCCCACAUGGGAGAUAGUCCAGUAUCUACAUCCCAGUUUGGUGAACCUCAACUACCAACUCACCUCAACAAAACUUGCCGUCGUCACCAGCAGCUUUGUGUUCUUCUUCGCUGUCUAUGUGGUGUCCGCUUUAACGGCGUCCUUCACCUCCACGUACAGAUCACUACGUGUCAAAGAGAAGGUGUUCUGGAAUUUAGCCGUUGUCAGAGCCGUGUUCGGCGUCUUUGGGGCUGUCAUUGGACUCUGGGCUGUCUUCAACAAAUCGGCAAUGGACAACGAUGUUGUCUUUGGAACAACACAGACGGGUUAUUUCGCACUGUGUGUAACGGAAGGAUUUUUCAUUUUUGAAUGCUCUGCGCUUGCUAUAUCAGACAUAAUCUUCAAAUCGUUUAACAUACUGCUCAAUCUCCAUCACUGGUUAUCUUUGACUGGAUAUUGCGUGGUCCUCUGUGUGGACGCUGGUCAUUGUUUCGCCACCAAGGGACUUUUGCUGGAAAUGAGCACCCCGUUCUCAGCACUCUGUUGGACAUUGUUGAAGUGCGGCAAGGAACGCACAUUCCUGUGGAAGGCCAAUCAGUUCCUGCUAGUUCACACCUUCCAUUGCAGGAACAUUGUGGAAUGGCUGUUAAUUUAUAUCACCUACCAGAACUGGCCUCAUAUCUGGUCGAGCAUGCCCCUGUCCGUCUUCUUGUGUCUGUACAUACAGCUACCUAUUGUCACACUCAUCAUGACCCCCUACUGGACGUACAAAAAGACUGAACAGAUGUUCAACCCAGUAGAUUGGAAUUUCACGAGAAACAACAAGCAAUCCGAGAUGAACAAAGACGCUGAGACGAACGGAACUGUGAAAAAAAAUGACUGAACGUUUUUAACUUAUAUUGACUUUUCCAUGUAUCUCUUUCCGAUAAGAUGGAAACCUAACCAAAUUCACACGUCAUUCAAGUCAUCUUAAUCGUGACCAGCAUGUCACCAAUAUCAUGUGACCAACAUGACAAGAUGGCGGAAUGUAUUAUAUGCUCUAACAUUGUAAUUUAUCUAUCAUAUCCAGCUUAAUCGAAGCACAAACGCCCUCUGUUUAGAAGAUUUGAUAGUGUAUCGGUGUUAUUUUGGCUAAGGAUAAACCCUUUAGCUUCCUACAGAUAGUCCUCAUGUUUCGAGAACACCGUUGAAGAAGACGGCCUCAACCUUUCUGGUCUGUUUUGAAAGAAAGCUUAGCUGUUGGGGAAACUUUUCGAAGAUGGACCGACCUCCACGUCAACAUGUUGUAACGUUUAUCAGUGUCAAUGUUCCAUAAAUAUUUACUUAUGUUAUAUACCUGUACAUCGUUUUAGUAUAUAGUGAAACUGUCACAACAGUUAUGUUAACUAAAAUUCGAUUUCAUAUAUACUCAUACAUGUAUUGUUCGUCAAAACCUAUACUAAUAUAUGUUAUACUAUAUUGGUUUAGUUUUCAUUGUCUAAUUUACCUAAGGACCCAAACUACACUGUGGAAUAAAAACGAUACAGCGUUAGAUUACAGCUAAACUUAGAAAUGUACACAAAAUGCGGCUGAUGAAGCAUAAUGGUGUCCUAUGUUUGUGUUGUUAGUGGCUUAUAGCCUGGUAGUUUUUGAUCAGCCUGCUGUCUAGCCUUUUAACUCAAUUUGUAUCCUGUUGGUUUUAUUCUGAAACUGUGAUAUACCCAUCUAGUUUACUGUUCCUUGUCGACAGAUAUAUUAAAACGAACACUGUUUUAUCUUUAUAUGACUGUUACAGUUACAGUACAUUUGCUUCCUGCAUGGACCCUAGUUGAUUAAUAUCGUCCCUUGAGAUGCUGGUGAUCUUUGCACAGUUAACAAUACAUUAAAAGAACAUAUUUACUACAAUUAAAGUCACGGACAAUGAAAAAGACUAUAAAAGGAAUGGGACAUACAUAGCCUCUCCGGGGGAGACUAAUUGUACGCUACCUCAACUUCCUCUGAAGGUAUAGCCACUAAUAAUCAAAGUUAUGUAGUCAUUCUCACAAAUUAAACCUCAUGCACAAAUUGCAAUACAUAUCAAAAAUUUAUCAAUGAAAUCAAUUUCUUUUAAAAACUCACUGAUGAAAUGAACUUGUACAUUAUUUAAAAAGAUCUUUUAUCGUUUUCACAUUGAAAUACUUAUCGCGUGUGAUGGAAAAUGCACGUGAUGAGUGAAGCGUUAGCAACAAACCAACAAGUGUCAGUGUAAGCACUGUUUUAGGGACCUAAUGAUAUUCUUUUUCUCUCUUUUCAUCAUAUCAGAAUGUUUUUGAAUGACCUCAUCUGUGAUCCCGCUGAGGCAUUCCGUGGGCCCAACAACCAGUUAUUCAGCUGAUCACAUGCACAGCUGAUUCGAUGGCCUUAAAUCAAAUGAUAAAAUCACAUCUUCAUAAAGGCCAAUGUCAUGGCACACGUGCACGCUUACUAUUAACAUCGCGAGCGAUUUGUCCACAAGUAAAAUCAUGGGCGAGGCGUUCUUGUAAAUAUGAUAAUCACAUGAGAUACUCUACUAUAGUGACAUAAAUGGACAUGAUAGUAAGAGUGGGAUAGUUACAUAGUGGGCCAUGUACCCUUAAAUUUUUUCGCUGGAAAUAGAUAUAAUACUAUAGUACCAUCCACAGCAUUGUCUUUGAAUAUGCCGCUCAAUAAUAUAGAGGUGUAGAGAGACAGACAGACAGACAGACAGACAGACAGAGACAGACAGAGAGACUGACUGACUGACAGAUAGGUAGAUAGAUACGAUCGAGUCUGGACAGUCCAGUGAACGAUAUAGUGAGCAACGGUCGGGGUACAAUGCUGCUGUCAACCGAGUAACUGAAACUGACCCAUCUGGUCGCCUCUUACUAACCCGGCGGAUGCAGUCACGAGGUUACACUGUCAUGUGCAGAAGAUGGCGGUAUAGUGUGUAGUACGAUAUUACUCUCUAAAAUACUGUAUAUUGUGUACAUUACGAUAUUGUACUUUAACAGUGUAUGGAACAUAACGAUAGUACAGUGUAUUUUGUGUAGAACAUAAUGGUAUUUUAUUGCAUCGUGUGUAGAGCAUGAAGAUUUUGCACUAUACGGUGUGUAGAACAAAUAAAGAAGUUGUUAUCCA